CCCUCUUUCCUUUAUUCCCACUCCCACCGCUGCCCCUGUCAGAAAUCAAUCACUCUCCGGUGAGCUUCCUCAAAUUCCUCCGAUUGUCCGCACGAGCUGGUCAAAAUCACUGUUAUACCCUUCAAAAACGCGCUUAUUUCCAAUCGUGCCCUUGCCGGAGCUGGGUACACGUACGCGCAUUGUGUAUCUACGUUCAAUAAUGCGCGGAUGGCUCAGUUCAGGCAAUCCGGCGGCAAUGGCUCGCGAAACGGCGUCGUCACGGAUCACUUACCGCUCAGUGUCCGCGGCGGCUCCAGGCAGUUCCACCACCGGCGAUCGAAGGCACCGCCGCCGUAUAAGAUCUCUAUCGGAUUCUGCGUUCUGAUACUCGCUCUCAUUCUGGCGAUCUCCGCUUUUUUCUACUUCGUACUGCAGAGUAAAGGAGUGGAAAGCAAUAGACACCAGACUGAAGAUGAAGACAUGAGCAAUGAUACAGAUUUUCUCAUGGAUGUGACACGAAUACAAAGACCCAGGGAGCUUAAGUUUGGCCAUGGAUCUGUUACUCAUGGUCGGGAUUCACGGUACUGGGACAGGGAUGAUAGAAGAAGAGAUGAAGACUAUACUGAGGAGGAACAGGAGCGAGCCCAGGAUGGCUCUGUGGAUAAGGUUCACAUUACAGUUAAAAAGAGAGACAAAGUAUCUUCUGAUGACCGGUCCCAUGCUAGCUCGGAUCACCAUAAGAAUGGUUUAUACAAUGAGGCUGGGCGCAAUGAAUUGAAAAUGUACGAGGCUGAAUAUGAGGCUUCUUUAAAGAGCAAUGAGAAGUCCACAGAUUCAGAUGAUCAUAGAAACCAGCACUCACAGGAUACUGAUGGGAGGGAACAUAGAGCACUAGAUGAGGUGGAUGAAUAUGAUGAUGGUAUUGACUUACAGGACGAUCAAAUGGAAGAAAGUGAUGAUACUGGUAAUGAUUACAUGGACCACUCUAGUGCCACUAUACUCCAUAGCAGCAAUAGGGAGGCCUCUCUUGUGCAUGACACUAGAAAAAGUAAGCAGCAUACCGAUGAGGAGGUUGAUGAAGCUUCUGCUGAUUUAGAUGGGAAGGAGUCUCUUUCAGACUCCCAGCAAGUUAAAGUUAACCUGAUUUCUGAGAGGGCCAGUUCUGCGGAAGGUCAGCCUGUUAAGAGGCUUGUUCCUGAAAAGCGCUCGGGUUCAAAAAAGAAGUCGAAGCGUCGAAAAUUUUCCGGUUCUUGUGAGAUGAAAUUUCUGAAUGCAUCUGCAUUAAUUGUGGAGCCUAUAGAAAGUCGAAAAUUUGCAAGAUUUUCCUUGCAAUAUACAGAAAUGGAAGAGAAGCCCACUGACGAUAAAAAUUGGCAACCUAGAUUUGCUGGACAUCAGAGUCUCCAAGAAAGGGAAGCAUCUUUUAUUGCCCGUGAUCAGAAGAUUAACUGUGGCUUUGUGAAAGGUCCUAAAGGGUCCUCAAGUACAGGUUUUGACUUAGCUGAAGAUGAUGCAAAAUACAUUAGCAGUUGCCACAUUGCUGUCAUGUCUUGCAUUUUUGGUAAUUCUGAUCGCUUGAGAUCACCAAUUGGCAAUGCCGUCUCUCGUAUGUCAAGGAAAAAUGUAUGCUUCGUCAUGUUUGUUGAUGAAGUGACUUUACAAACUCUUUCAUCGGAAGGUCAAAUGCCUGAUACUAUGGGCUUUGUUGGGUUGUGGAAGAUUGUGGUGGUAAAGAAUCUUCCUUACACAGAUAUGAGAAGAGUAGGGAAGAUACCAAAAUUUUUGCCACACCGACUUUUUUCUUCAGCCAGGUACUCAAUUUGGUUGGACAGCAAACUUCGUCUUCAACUUGAUCCCAUGCUUAUUUUGGAAUAUUUCUUGUGGAGAAAAGGUCACGAAUAUGCUAUUUCGAAUCACUAUGAUCGCCAUUGUUUGUGGGAAGAGGUGGCCCAAAAUAAGAAGCUCAACAAGUAUAACCAUAGCGUUAUAGAUGAACAGUUUGCAUUCUAUCAAGCAGAUGGGAUGAGAAGAUUCAAUGCAUCAGAUCCUGGCAAGCUUCUGCCAAGCAAUGUACCUGAAGGUUCUUUCAUUGUUAGGGCUCACACACCAAUGUCAAACUUGUUUUCCUGCCUUUGGUUUAACGAGGUUGAACGGUUUACUCCUCGUGACCAACUGAGUUUCGCCUAUACAUAUCAUAAACUGAGAAGGACUAAUCCAGAGAAACCCUUUUAUCUCAACAUGUUCAAGGACUGCGAGAGGCGAAAGAUUGCUAAACUGUACCAUCACAGAUCCGAGGAGAAGAGGAACACCCCCAGCACGAGACAGGGUAGUUGACCAUUGUGCCUCUAGGCAUCACAGGGUAACAGGUUCAUUCUUUUGAUCUAUGUGUCAAUGUGGAGUGGUGGAUACGAUCUCGUGCGGUGUAUAUUUGCAACUUUUGCUACGUUGAAUGUUGAAGGCGCAUUGCUUCCACUGACACAAUACGAUACGAGCAAGGCAAAGGUUAGUUUUUGCUGGCUCUUCAAACUUGCUUGAAAGAUAAAACUACAUAAAACAUAGACAUCAUGUUCUAGAGCCUCAGUUCGAGUCCAUUGAUGAGAUAUAUUGAUUGUAUAAUGCCCAAAAAUUUAGCACCCGACCAAUAUCUUUUGUAACCAUAUUCAUUAUGAUAGCACUUUUUACAGUUUCUACACCAUGUAUUCUUCUCAUCAUUAACUUGAUAAAAUUUUGGUGGUUAUUCGAAGAUUAUCUUUUGCUUGCAGAAUGUAUAUUGUAUUUUUUUCCCCUCAAAGGAAGAUCAAUAAUGGUUUUACA